AUGGAUCAUAAAAUUCCCCAAGUCAACUAUGUUACUGUCAACUCUGUUUUCGUCAACUCUGUUACCCUCGACUCUGUUACCGUCGACUCUGUUACAGUCAACUUUGUUACCCUCGACUCUGUUACCGUCGACUCUGUUGCAGUCAACUAUGUUACUGUCAACUCUGUUACCGUCGACUCUGUUACAGUCAACUUUGUUACCCUCGACUCUGUUACCGUCGACUCUGUUACAGUCAACUUUGUUACCCUCGACUCUGUUACCGUCGACUCUGUUGCAGUCAACUAUGUUACUGUCAACUCCGUUAUCGUCGACUCUGUUACAGUCAACUAUGUUACCAGUCGACGAGAACAGAGUCGACGAGAACAGAGUCGACGAGAACAGAGUCGACGAGAACAGAGUCGACGAGAACAGAGUCGACGAGAACAGAGUCGACGAGAACAGAGUCGACGAGAACAGAGUCGACGAGAACAGACUCCUCCUACUGUCCGCAUCGCUCAUUCGGGUCACGCGUGUAAUGUGGAGGAAGAGCGUUUCUCCGAGAGAGUUUACACCAUACGAGAAGGAGAAACACUGGAGCUCAGCUGCCUCGUCACCGGACACCCACGACCACAGAUUCGAUGGACAAAGACAGCAGGCAGUGUUUCAGACCGGUUCCAGGACUCCAGCGUCUUCAACGAGACUCUGCACAUCUCCAAGAUCCAGCGGCAUCAGGGCGGACGCUACUACUGCAAGGCGGAGAACGGCCUGGGCUCACCAGCCAUCAAGUCCAUCCGGGUUGACGUUUACUAUCUGGACGAGCCGGUAGUGACGGUCCAUCAGAGCAUCGGCGAAGCGAAAGAGCAGUUUUACUACGAGCGGACGGUGUUUCUGCGCUGCGUGGCUAACUCCAACCCGCCGGUGCGCUACAGCUGGCACAGAGGACGAGACGUGCUCUCUCAGGGCUCAGAUAAAGGUGUGGAGAUCUACGAGCCCUUCUUUACACAGGGGGAAACGAAGAUACUGAAGCUGAAGAACCUGAGACCCAAGGACUACGCAAACUACAGCUGUAUCGCCUCCGUCAGGAACAUCUGCGGCAUCGCCGACCGCAAAGUCAUCUUCAGACUGACCAAUAAAACAGCUCCUGCCUCCAUCAAGCUGCUGGUGGAGGACCCUAUCGUGGUGAACCCGGGUCAGACGGUGUCUCUGGUCUGCAUCCCCACUGGAGGAGAGCCGGCUCCGCUCCUCAGCUGGACCAGCAGCUCCGGCUCUCUGCCAGAGAAGAGUGUGUUAAAGGACGGGACGCUCACACUGCCUGCCGUCACAUCUGCAGACGCCGGCGCGUACAGCUGCAUCGCCACCAAUAAUGUGGGCAACCCGGCCAAGAAGACCACCACCAUCAUCGUCAGAGCGCUGAAGAACGGGCGUUUCUGGAUCACUCCUGACCCGUAUCACAACGACGACAACAUCCAGAUCGGGCGCGAGGUGAAGAUCUCCUGUCAGGUGGAGGCGACGCCGCCUGAGGAGCUGCAGUUCAGCUGGCUGAAGAACGGGCGGGCGCUGCGCAGCUCCGAGCGCAUGGUGAUCACACACACCGACCCCGACAUCAGCCCCGGCAACACACACCUCGACAUCAUAGACCUCAAGUUCACCGACUUCGGGACGUACACCUGUGUGGCAGCGCUGAGGGGCGGAGGAAUAGCGGAGAUCAGCAUCGACGUUAAUAUCUCGUCUACUACUGGUGAGCUUCACAAACACACUGACAUGCACACACUGUAACAGACACGCACACACAC